AUGGUGCGGGGGAAGGUGACGCUUCAGCGGAUCGAUGAUGGGGCGAGGCGGAUGGUGAGCUUCUCUAAGCGUCGGAGCGGUCUGCUAAAGAAGGCGCGAGAGCUCGCCGUGCUGUGCGACGCCGAGGUCGGAGUCGUAGUCUUCUCACCCAAGGGGAAGCUCUCCCACUUCUCCAGCCAGUCCAGGUACAUGCUCGCCCCCCCUCUAUCCGCCUGCUUUCCGCUUCCUGUUUGUGAAAUGCAUGCUGAUGUAUCGAUAACACCGCGAGGCGUCCGCAGAAGGUCCUUAUAUCGAUCCACGGGAAUAAUCGAAUGAAAACUCCUUGGGGAGGAACAAUCCGAGCUCUGGCUUCGAUUGUGCUUAGGUUCUUUCAAGAUUUUCUGUUCCCCGUGGCCGUCCAUUCCAUUCACCUCUCUUUAGUACCGGUGGAUCUGGUUUCCUUAUUGUCUGAUUCCCAGCCGACGACACGGUAUACGUUCUCCGUUUUCGUUCGGCGAUUAUUUUACGUAUGCUUCGAAAAAUACAGGAAAGAGGGAAAACCAGUGCAGUUGUUUUGGUGUCACCUCGAGUCUGGAUUUGAUUUGCUGGUGAGAACGCUUUCUCCUGGCCGCGGUGUCUUCUCUCUUCUUUCGUGUCUUCUCCCAACGGCGAUGUACUUCAGCUUCGCCGUAGCUUGUGGAGAGCCUCCUCCAUGUUUUUCCCUUGCUAGGAUAAGGACGGAUAAUGUUAGACCAAUGAGUAUUUAGGUCGAUUUCGGGAGCGUCGCAAAACGGGCAUUUUCCGUGAUGAAUGCACGGAAUGUCGUGGGGUUGACGCGUUUGCUCUCUCCGCAGGUGCACACGCAGAGACAGCAAGCAGAUAAACGCUGCACAGAGAGUUCUAGCCGAUGAAUAUUUCUUUGCUUCGCAAGGUUGAUGCACCUUAGAGAGACGCACACACUUUUGUGACGGUGUUCAUUUUGACACAUAUCAAAUGAAAGAAGAAAGGGCACAUUCGCAAUUUUCCUCUUUUCCCUAUCUAUGAAAUAGUCACAGAAGCCUUGUUCUCGGAAGCUUUCCCUGUGUCUAGAUUCAUGAACACGACGCUUGUGAGAGAUUGGGGGGGGGGGUUCCCUUUGACCUGUGAGCUUUAUUUUAUCCGUCCCUUCCUUCCAACACCCCGUGCCCUCCGCUUAUCUAUGGACUUAUUCGGUUUUCUAGUUGGCGUUUAUUUGUCCCCGACAAUGGUAGCUCGGGCAACCAGCAAACAACAGCUUAUAAGAUGCAUCAUCAAAAAGCUCUCUUUAUCUUUUUCAAAUAAGUUUUCACUGUGAUGAUGAGCAUACAUUUGAGCGAUGAUGAGACUUGGAAGAGUUCUUCCCUGAACCUCUCUUAAUGGCAGCCAAGCCUUCAGCAAGUAGGAAGAUUCUAAAUUGAUAUGCAUACCGUCGAACAUACCUCCGUCUUCUUUUUUGGCGGUUCUUCUUCGUUAGUUUUGGUGGCACAUCAAACUUUUCGAUAUAGCCUCCUCUCCCAGUCUUCCAUUCUCCUAUUUCAGUGGGGCCUCUUCUUCAAGAGGGAAGAGAAGGCCCCCCUCCACUGGGGGACACGAGAACUUACGUUGGUGCGGUCCGAGCAGAGCUGGUGGACUAGCUGUUCUGUAGUCUGUAGCAUCUCGAGAGGGAAUGGACGUCCAGCAAAGGGACUGAAUAUGGGGGCAAGCAUUGAGCAUCGGCAUAACUAUCAGUUCCUGAUUACCGUGUUUGACAAAUAUUAGCCGUACAUUAUUGCUUCUCUGAACGACAAUAACAGACGAUAUGCCGUAAAAUUACUCGGAUAUGUGGUUUGUAAAUGUUCAUGAAUAAUUUCUUGGUUUCCGGCAUGACACCAUAUGGUUGGUUUUUGAAUAAAAUCCUCGUGGUAAGCUGGAAAAACUGAGGACCGGAUGUAUUUUAUCCCCACUGAGGAAUUAUGCAAUGGGUGUCAUUGUCAUUCAACCUUCGGAUCAGAUAGCAUGUUAUUAUUUCUAUCCGCUUUGCCUUUUUCACUUUGUAGACACCCAUGAUGUUAAGUUAUUCAGUGAACUUUGCGCGAAAGUCUAGACGGUUUUUGGGCGAUUCUUAUCUUUUUCAUGUGAGGGAUGCCUUGUUCGCACUCGUGAAUCCUCAUCUCCCUUUGACCCUUCGCCUUCGCAACCCUUUCAUCUUCCUGAUUGCUGAAACUUUUCACCUCCCUGGAGCGUUGAAUGUUUAAAAUUCGUUACAAACUCCUCACCUUCUCAUAUUCUAGGGAGACUCUUCACCUCUCUGACCAGAACAUUUCAUCCAUCCUUAUAAAUAGCCAGCUCUGUCGCCAUGCCUCAUUGCCCUAAGCAACACAUUAACCUCCUUUCCACAUAAUCUUACAUUCCAGGCCGGUUGGAUAUCGGUGUAGCUCCAUUCUCUGGUAAAUUCUCUUUCCUUAUUCUUUCUCCCAAUAAGAUACAACACGGACUAGCAGGUGAUACUCUUGUACAGUCCCCCGGCUUGAUCUUCCACACGUGAAGCUUAUCUCAGAGAUGACCAAAUGCAUGUUAAACAAGAAAGAAUGAUCAGGGAGGUGAUAGCAUUUUAUACAGUCAUGAAGAAAGAUCAGGGAGGUGAUAACAUUUUAUACAGUCAUGAAGAAAGAUUAGGGAGGUAGCAAGAUUUUACACAGUCAGGAAAUAUUGGGGAAUCUAUCCCAACGACAAGUCAGUCAAUUUUCACUUCUCUCUUUCUCCAUUAGUCAUAUUGUUUUCCCCCCAAGUCCCUCAAUUGGCUCAUCAACUCAUGUUUAUUCCCUCAACAGCCCUCGCUUUAAUUCAAGUGGCCAUAUGGCCCAAUAGUGAUAGCAGUGAAUGAUUUUUCUGUGCGCAAAAAAUCAUCCCUCCAGAAAAAAAUUCAUCUGUCUACCCCCAUUUUAGAAAAAAUCCAUCCCUCUACUAGUUCAAUUAUAAAGAUGAUGAAACCUUUAUCCUCACAAUCCGUGGUUGUUUUACUUCUUGAAUUUAUGGACCACUAAGAGAAUACCGAGGAAAACGAGAGGUGGCGGUAAAGAAUAAGUGUGAUUAUUGGCGACGAACUGAUUUGAGUAAAGAUAAUGUUUUUGACAGAGGUUGGAUAUCAGUAAAAGUGCGAAUCAAUUAGUAUUGGUUUGAAUUUAUUCCCCCCUAACCUUCUGGGGCUUUUGGCACUAGAGACCAUUGAAAGGUUGGGUGAACCUUUAAGCGGGCUAUUUAUUAUGUUGUCAAUCUGCAUAACUUGCAAAUUUCAUUUCAUAGUUUUGGGACUGGACUCUAGAAAUGGAUGUGAAGAGGUUUAUUGGUUCAGGUGCUUCAUGGGCUUUCAGCCCAUUCUAAACUCAAUAAUAAAUCAUGAUCUUAUGGAUAUUUGUUGGAAUCUCUAGUUGGACAUUUUUGCAUAUCUUUCUUGAUAAUUUAGUGAGAAAAUAUAUCAUGCGCUGAUCAAAUUGGGUGAUAUUGAUGGAUGCCCCUAAGAAAGGUUUUCGAGUUAGUUAUUUCUGUUACCAUUAAUUUCGCAUCUAAGAUGGUGGAAUUGAAGAAAGUGAGGAGAAAAUUACAUCAUAUGAUGUUGAACACUUCUCAUUUUUAUCAUCAAAGUAUUAGGAACAAAAGCAUUUGCAUGUUCUUAGAACAUUAAUUGACAAGCAAUGUUAGCAGCUUAUGGUACCCUAAGUGUGUGUGGCAUAAAACACAUGGUAAAGCUUAUUAAAUAUUGAACUCUUCUCACAGGCUUAUAUUCACCCUGCUUUUAGCGAUUUACACUACUUUUCCUAUGGAGGGGUGUGUUGUUUUAGCAUCAUAAUAUUUAGUUUGCAGCUCAUAUCUUCUACUUGUAGUUUUUGUUGAACAAAGUUGACUUAGUUUGACCUUAAUUCUAGGAUACUCAAGUGAAGUAAUGGCUAUGUAUGGUUGUAUUUCUCGUCUUUCAUGCUGAAAUUUUAUUGCCCCCCUCCCAUGAGUAUUAGGGGAUCUUCCUUUUGACAAUAAAUGAAAAAAAUGCCUCUUUUGAUGUAUCUGAUGAAAUGUUGAAAUGAAAUAUUUACAAAAAUGGCUUUUAUUGAAAGGUCUACCUUCAAAAUAAUUUGUGAGAAUAUGUGUUGACCAUAAAUUAGAAUCGUGCACUUUCCUUUAUAAAAUUAGAAUUCUACAAUUUAGGUAUUAUUUAUGCCAUGAUUAUAUACUUUGUUUGAGCAUUUAAGGUGGCAUAAUUUUUUUUUAUGUUAUUACAUUUUCCUCAAAGGUAUAAUAUCAUCAAGUAGGAUUUGUUUUGCAUUGAGGUUAUAUCAAUUUAACUCUUGGAUAAUCCUCUUUUUUGAGGUGGUUCUAGAAAGUAAUCUUUAAGAAGGCCCAAUUGAGUGCCCAAUUGAGUGCACUCUUGGAUAAUAGUCUUUAACAUGGUGUCUUUUUGACCUAUGCAAAUGUUCUCAUACAUUGAUAAUGAAUUCUAAAAGUUUAACCUGGUGAAUAACAUUGUAAGACACCUGUAUGUAAUUUUUUUUUGAUAGGAGUUCAUAAAUUUACUAAUCUUAUUGCAUUCUUCAUAAAUUUACUACUUGUUUUGCUUAGUUGUGUGCAAUUAAUUGAAAACAAUUAGGGGAUCCUUUUUCAAAGGGGGUACACAUGAUCGUAUGUCAUUGUCUUUUAGAGCUUUCCUUUUUUUCCAUGAUUUUUUCCCUUGUUAACUAAGGCGAGGACUUAUAUGAAAAAGGAAGAAAGACUAAAGGUAAGUAAUAAAGAAGGUAUUCUGGGUGUAAACUCUUGUUACUUCUUACAUAAAGAAUUGCAUUGUCAUGAAUGGGGCAUAGAGUGUUUUAAGAAGACAAUAAAUAACCAAUGUUGUCCAUUCAACUAGGCAUAAUUCGUUGGCCUAAGGCAAUGAGAGAUAAAUUCCAACAAGAUGGAGAAGGAUUAUCAUAUUUGUUUUGUUUUAAUGUGAAUAUGUAAUUUCAACACGAAACAUCAUUAAUUAUUUUGUAUUUUAAUUUAAUUUUAAUCCCCAUACCUUAUUUUAUGUAUUUUACUUAGUACUGCUACCUUAUUAAAAGUUAGCUUCCCUUGGGUUCUAACUAAAUAUUUUUAGGAUAAUAGAAGCAUGCCAAACAAAAAUGAAAAAUGAAAAAUGAAAAAUGAAAAAUGCCAGACAAAGUGAAUGUAAGAACAAAUUUGGUAGAGUCUCCUUGAACAUUGAUGAGAAACCUUGAGACCUUUUUGAGCUUGAGAUGUCAAUAGGGGUUCAGGAUCAUAGAUAUUUGAAUUCGUGGAAGCCUCAUCAUCUCUUUUUACACUCUUUUGUGUUAUCAAUUCUUUAUUUCUUUGCACAAAAUCGUGCAAAAAAUCUAUUUUCCUUUCUUUAUGGGGAGAUUUUUACUAGAGUUUUCAUGAAAUGACUUUAGAAUUUGGGGCAUGGUGACCAGAGAUUAUUGAUUUGGUACUUAUCACAAACAUUUAAAUAACGGUGGCGCAUGAGAUGCUAUUCUUCGUUCAAUCCAGCCUACAAGAUAGGGUAGGGUAUUUUGCUAGGUAAAGAUAUGAUACUAAUUGGCUCAAAGAUUUUUCUAAAAAAGUAAAUUAAUAGUUCAGUCCUUAGGAGAAUUGGUGUAAAACAUCCUCCUUUUAAGGAAAACAUUUAUCUGAUAUUCAAAACAUUUAAAAUUAAGCAUGAUGAGAGUAAUAGCUAAAGUUUAGGGUGAAUGACAGGAAUGAGGACAUUAACAUGCUAAUUUUUUAUUAUGGAGUUCUUCUAAAUGUAGAUACAAAUUUGUCAUUGUAAGAUUUGGACUAUAUGGAAGGUGUUCAUUGGGAGAUAGAAAUUGCUUAAUUUAAGUUAGUGUAUUAAAUUAGAUAAAUAUUUCAUAAACUUCUCUUUUAAUGGUAAAGAGGUCUUGAUGUCAACAUUUGAGUGAAGGAAAAACUUUGAAAUGCUUAUUUUGUUGUUCUCUCUAUCUCCUUCCCUCUCUCAAUCUUGUUAGGUUCAAUUAUUUUGUAGAAUAAACUAGGUAUAUAGUAACAAUAUGUAUGUUAUGUUAAUGAUAAUUGGUUAGACAUGUGAAUGUCAUAGGUAACCUUGUCAUGUUUCAUCGUAAAGAGAAACACAAAGUGAUGGUGGAGAAGCCAACUCACAAGUGCCCUAACUCCAAAUCGUUGUCAUGUCCUCAAUGACAUUUUUCUAGGUCACACUUGAUAGCCUCUUGAUAAUUCAAGAUUUAAGUGAUAAAGAAUAUAAAAUGGUGAGUGAAAUUUCUAUAAUAAUUUAUGUAGUGAUAGGUAAAUAAUUAUUUGAGGAAAUUGAGAGGGUAAUUUGUAAAAAGCUGUUGCAGAUUGAUGAAUAUACUUGGAAUAUAUACUUGGAAUAAAUAAAACUAAAAAAACUUGAAAAACUACAUGAAUUGAAGGUGGAGAAGUGUUAAUAACUGUUGAUAAAUAAAUUAUCGGUGAGGUUAAUGAUAUCACCUCAAUAGGACUUCAAAAAUGAACAAAAGAUAAUGAGGCAACAAUUUGUCUCACUUACAUUGUUUUUAUGUCCAUUAUGUACACAAUAAGCCAUUCCUUAGUAUUCUUGUUUAUUAUCUGUAGAUAUUUUGUCUCUUAACUAAAUUACUAUCAUACGAAAUGUGACAUAAAAGAUGUGAAGUUAAUGGUUUCUACUUAAAAGUCAUAAAAUAUUAAGUACUUGGAGAUGGAGUGAUAGUGAGAUUUGUAGUAGUUGUAGUCUAGUUAUUAACAAGUACACCUAUUUGUCGUACAAACUAUCCAAAUUUUUCUCAAACUAUCUUUGUACACAAUGUGCAGUCUUAAUGAAUGAAGUAUUAUUUACCAUGAUUGUGAUCUUCAUGGCUUCUCCAUGGCUCACUUCUAUUAUUACAACUUCUUCUACAACUAUUGUUUUGUGUGAAAAAUAAGCAUAAUUGAGGAACUAAAUCUUCAGGUAGUAGUUGGCUUUAACACAACAAAAGUUGGAAGUUGACCUGAAACUCCUCAUUAUUUAUGUUUCUAUGGUACAUUUGACACUAAAGAUUUCUAGAGCCUCAAUUUGUGGCAAAAAUAUAUGGACAGAAGAUAAAGCACAAAAACAAUAAUAAAUAAUAAACCAUUACACCAUUUAAAGUUAAACAUAUGAUUGAUUCUGAUUUUCAAUUUGUGGAGAUAGUAGUGCCGAAAUAAUGUCAAGACAUCAAGCUUCCUCAAUGAGGCAUUUAGCAGGACUCAAUGUGCCUAACUUAUAAAGAAAUAUCAUCAGAUUAGUGGUGCCGUCAUGUCAAAGUUUCAUCUUUUGCGAUUGACUAUUUUUACGUGUUGAUGUCAAAUCUCUCACCCCAUGAUCAUAGUGGGGUGCAUCACACAAUUAUGCAGUUGUAGUGGGUACAUUGUGAAGUUAUCACAUCUUGCAGUGCAUUAUCUUGUUAAGAUGCGACGAGAGAGAGAGAGAGAGAACUCUUAUUGUCAUCCUACCUAGAUACUAUGUAGAUUUAAGAAAGUAGAAUUAGGAUACAUGUGUCAUUUAACCAAAACUCAUUAAAAUUGGAGGAAGAGGAAGAAUUUGACACAAUAGGUUGCUGUGUUGCAACUAGAUAUGAUGUUAUAUAAUCCAUAUACAAAUGAGUUUGACAAUAUUGAAAAACAAUAAAUCUAUUGAUGUAAAUAGUGGUUGUUUACUCAUUGAAUUACAUUAUCUUUCAUAUUAAUCUUAUUCUAUUUGCUUUUAGUGAGUACAUGACAUUAUCUUUUUCUUAAAUUUCAGCUUGGAGCAAACCUUUGAGCGCUGUAAAAGGUUUUUAGACGAGGAAAAAAAAGUGAAGAACAAUGUUCUUGCACGAAAGGUAUUAUUUACUCAGCUCUAUGUUUGACAACAUUGUGUGCUUACCCAUGUGUCUUUUUUUCCAAUUAACUUUUGACAAUUAAAUACAAUGUCAAAACAAUAUAUUGACUGGUCCAUAAAUAAAAGGGCCCGAAUUUGAUUUUUUUGAUGACUAUGAGUAUGUGAAUGUCUUUUAAGUCAAACAUCUGAUGCUUAUGACUCUAUGAUGAUAUAGUUUCUAUUAUAUGCAAGACAAGUAUUUUAGCAUUAGUCUUGCAACUAUGGAACGUGCAUGAAGAUAGACAUGUUAUAGAACCAAUGCUUGAACCAAAUUGGGUCAUGUUCUGUGGUAACUCUUUGUGGCGCAUAGUUUUGAACCUGUCUGCCUGGAAACUUUUCUGAUGAAAUCUAAUGAAGUACUACACACUUUUCUUAUUAAGGUUAAGGGUGUAGAAUUUGCAGAUCAUGAAAUGAAACAUGGACUUAAGGUAGACCAAAGGUAAAAUCAUCAGCCAAACAGCAUACGAAUAUUAGCGUAGUCCUAACACCAGCAAGGCUUUGCAGGGUUCUCGAUGAUGGAUUCGUUGAACAAGAUAUAAAUGAGCUCACAAAGUUAGAGGACCAAUUGGAGAGUGAACUGAGGAAACUGAGGCUGAGAAAGGUUAGUUUCUUCUUCACCAGUUCUUAUCCAGCACCUUGGUUAAUCUUUUACUAUCUCAAUAUACUUGAAUGAUUUUCGAUUAUAUUUUUAAGGUUAUAACAUCACAGUCAGUCCUUAAUUUUUAAACCUGACAUUAUAAGGAUAUUAUUAAUUGUAUCAGCUUGAUGAUUGCCACAAAAGCCGAAGUAAAAAAUUGGAUUGCACUGACGAAUGGGGAAAGAGCUGAUUUAUGGGCAAGUCAUGUUUAAUAUUUUUUCCCAUGAAUUAUCGAUAACAUUCCAAUAGGAUGUUUGAAUUUUUCAGGUAAUAUUCAAAUGACUUCCACUCUAUGAAUUACUGUCAUUGAAAUAAAAGAGAGGAUAAGUAGAGUCGAAAUACAGUAAAUAUUUCACGCAUGUAAAAUAGCGUGGAAAAACCAUUAGAAACUUAAAAAAUGUACCAUUGAAGUAAAAAUUUUCCUAAUUUGUUUGUCCAUAAAUCGGCAAAAAAUACACCCAUAAUCUUUUAAAAAUCCCAAGAAAAUGUGUGGAUUCUACAUUGCAUGCUCUGAUAGCAUGUUCUGAUCAAUAUAGAGAUAUAAUUGAGCAUUAUGACAGAUGAGUCUGAGACAAUUCUCAGCAUUUCAGGUGUCCACCCUUAUUUCGCACUCUUUGAGACAAUCAGUUCAUACUCCCUGCUCCUAAUCGUUAUAUGAGUCGCAUAAAUGGGCAGGUCAGAUUUGACAAAAAAUAAGCCUGAUUGUCUCAUAAAAGUUCUGUGAAAGACCUGUUUAUUUCCUUUGGCUUGGAUGUAUAUUCAAUAAGUUACCGACUUGUUUUACUCCGGCUGGGCAUGCCUAUAAUAUAAUGCCCCCUUUUCUCCCUAUUUUCUGGAUCAUAAAACGUGUGGAGAAUGAUACAAUACUUCACCCAUGAUGCCUAUGGGCCAAGGAUAAUUUCUCUUUGCGUGCUUUCUUUGUUUCAUUUUCAGAAAUAAAGGUCUCAGGAAGAUACUCCCGGACAACACGCACACACAGACAGACAAACACGAACCUCAUUCUCAUGACAAAUUUAUAACGCCAAAAUCUUACUUUUCCUAAUUUCUAAAGGAAGAAAUGUUUGCCUUCUUUCCAAUAGGCAUCAAACUGGGUUAUACCCUUGUUUUAUAAAUUGAAGGUUGUUCUAAAUUUCCCUAGCCAUAAUCUGACUUGAAGCAAACGACAAGGGAUUUACUGGCCCGAAAAUAUUUCCAGUGAUUCCCGCUGGUUUUAACUUUUUUUUUUUUCUUUUGAUAUGUGAAAAAAUGUUGGCUCAUAUUGCGACACUGAGGAAAAAGACCUCACUUUUGUGGUUUCUUCAUUUUCAGAAAACCCUGUUAGAAACCCUGAUAGAUCCAGAUUUUGGUCAUCUUCUAGUUGGGAAGGCAUGUAAACAGGUUUCAGCUUUGAAAUGUUGAAGCAAUGCUCAAGAAGUAACAUAGAUCAAUGAUCAUGGGAAGCAAAUAUCCAUACCUGAACUUACCAUUUGAUUUGCUUGCCUUCAAAAUACUACACCAAAAUAUCAAUCACUUAAUUCAAACAGAAGAAAAAGGAUAUGAUUUCUGUAAAUUUUGAAAAGCCAUUAUAGAAACUGAAUACACUUAGGGUUGCCGUAACCAGAAGCCUUGGAGAACAGAAGUAAAUGUAGCGAGCAACAUAUGGGGAGUGAUAUGAUAUUGGUGAUGAUAAAGCAGGAAAUGGAUGCCUAAAAGCGAUUGUGAUGGAGUUUUGCACACCGUUUCCAUCCACGUUCAUGCAAUCAUGUCGAUAAAUAUUUACAGUUGGAGGAAUCCAUUGGAUCUGCCUAGUUAGCUGUUUUUUUAGGAGCGUUAUGCAGCAUGCAUGUAGAUUUUCAAAAUUUUCUGGUUUCCCCCACUCCGCGUGUCUCGUGAUUAAUUCCUCCGGAGAAAUAUUCUGUGACUGUUUCAAAGAAGUUGACUCAUUGCUGAGAUGCUUUGUUCUUAAAUGCAGACGGCACUUCUGAAGGAUUCCGGUGCAAACCUUAAUGAUCCGGUACGUUGCCUGAUGAAAGACCUCUACUGGGUUCACCAAUCAAUUCCUGUAUACUAUCUACGAUGACUCUUGUUUUUUGGUGAGGUGAAUGUGGUGAUUUUUUUUAAAAAAAGUCAGAUUGAUGGUUAAGCAAUUAUCAUCAACUGACGAAUACAAAAAAAUUAGGAAGCUUCAUUCAGAUCGUUUGAUGAAUUCCCGGUCGGUAAGAACACCAACUGACAUGCUCCAAGGUUCAAAAAUGACCUGCAACAGAAGGUUGUUGUUUUAAAUCCAUGCGCAUGUAAAUUUCCGUGAACUUCAAUAAAUUAAAGCGAUGAAUACGACCAGACCUACUUGUGCAGUACCAUAUUUUUAGAUCAUGACUUAUAUUAUAACAUCAAAUCGGAGUAGUCUCGUCUACUUUUUUUGUCUUCCACCAUCUGUUUAUGUCUCCACAGGAGAGAACACUGGUCUGCGAGCGAAAGCAGCUGCGAUCGGUAUGUUACCUCCCGACUCCUCCCGGACAGCACGUACAAAGAGAGAGUGAGGGGAUAAAGAGAGAGAGAUGCUACGACAUAACCUUGUUUCAUGCAGUGCCGUUCAUCCUUGUUUCCUGUCAUGCUGUGGCCAGGUGAUGGCUACUGACCAGGGCAAAGACGAGGAAGAUGGACCUCGUAACAGCCAGAGGGCCCCCGAAAGCGGCGGCGGCGGCGGCGGCGGCGGCGGCGGCGGCGGCGGCGGCGGCGGCAGCAGCAGCAGCAACGCCGCAUCGCCGCCGGGCCCUCUCCGGACGCUGCAGCUGUUCAUGGACCCGAAGCUGUUGACGUGA